ACAGGGGUCCAGGUUCCCAGCUCCUCCUCCCUCAGACCCAAGGGUCCAGGCCCUUGAUCCCCUCAUCCCUAACACCCAGGUUUGUGGGCCCCCAACCCCUCUUCCCUCUGAAUCAGGGUCUAGGCUUCCAGCUCUUCCUCCCUCAGACCUGGGGAUCCAGUCCCCCAGCCUCUCCUUCAGACCCAGGAAUCCAGGACCCCAGCCCCUCCUCCCUCAGCCCUGGCAUUUUGAGACCCGACAUCUUCCCUGAGACCCAGGAAUCUUCACCCAAGCCCCUAUUGCCUGGGUCCCAGCUAAUCAGGCUCUCAUCUCCCUCAUCUCCUAGACCUAAGAGUCCAGGCCCCCAACUUGAAGGACCCCCAGAUUGCAUCAUGCGUCCAGGCUGCCUGGCCACGGUGGAAUUCUGGCUCCCGCCAAGUGGGUCAAAUAUCAUGAGUCAGGCAUUGGGAGGGUGACGGGGCGGAUCUGUCUGGGUAUAAAUUCUGGAGCUUCUGCAUCUCUCCCAGGAGGCCUGGAUGUCCUGCCAGCUGGGGAUCCACGAGCAAGAGGACCCAGGCAUUCAAGCUACCUGAGCAGCAAACUGUGAAUCUGCUCUCUGGGACAGCCACAAUCUGGAAGGAACUCUAGACCCUUCAACUUCUCCAGCCUCGCAACCCUGAGCUCCCCUGAGGACUGAACCAUAGAUGGGCUGGGACAAGGCCAGGACUGGGUUCAAGCACCCAGGACCAUGGUUUCCCCUGCUGGCUGUACUUUUGUUGGGAGCCUGCCAGGCACACCCUAUCCCUGACUCCAGCCCCCUACUCCAGUUUGGUGGCCAAGUCCGGCAGCGGUACCUCUACACAGAUGAUGCCCAGGAGACAGAAGCCCACCUGGAGAUCAGGGAAGAUGGCACAGUGGUGGGGGCUGCACAACAGAGCCCUGAAAGUCUCUUGGAGCUGAAAGCUUUAAAGCCAGGGGUCAUUCAAAUCUUGGGAGUCAAGACAUCCAGGUUCCUGUGCCAGAGGCCAGAUGGGGGCCUAUAUGGAUCGCUCUACUUUGACCCCAAGGCCUGCAGUUUCCGGGAGCUGCUUCUUGAGGAUGGAUACAACGUUUACUGGUCUGAGACCUAUGGCCUCCCACUGCACCUGCCUCCUGCCAAUUCCCCAUACUGGGGCCCAUCCCUUCGGAGCCCAGCCCGCUUCCUGCCACUGCCAGGCCCUCCUGCAGCAUCCCCAGAGCUGCCGGGGAUCUUGGCCCUGGAACCCCCCGAUGUGGGCUCCUCGGACCCUCUGAGCAUGGUGGGGCCUUCGCAGGGCCGAAGCCCCAGCUAUGCUUCCUGAAGCUGCGGCUGUUUGUUAUUGAGUCUCCUCCUUAUUUAU